CGAAGGGGAGUACCGAACACACACACACACACACAAACACCGCAUCCUCCUCCUCCUCUUCGCUAUAACCAGGACCAGACCACCGGAGCGACUCCCGACGUCAGACCUCAUUACCGGCCGUCCAGCUUCGCUUUCGCACCGCCGAACACCGCGCGGACUUUCCGCGUGACUAAUAUCUACUAUGGACGACUUAGAUGUUCCCCAGAUGCGGAGGGAAGUGGAAUCGCUUCAGUAUCAGCUGGCUAUCAACAGGGAGAAGUCCUCCAUCACAGUCACUGAGCUGGUGAAGUGGAUCGAGGGUUGCGUGUGUGAGGAUCCGUUCCUGAACCCUGAGCUGAUGAGAGCAAAUCCCUGGGUGGAGAAGGGGAAGUGUGUGAUCCUCUGAUGAUCACACACACAUACACACACACAAACUCGCAUUAAAAAAACCAUAUCUACACACAGUCAAUGCACGGACGCACCAUGAAUAAUGUGCACUCACAUAGUCACGUUGCACUAAAGAGACACGCACGCACACUACUACUAUUUACUACUACUUAUUUAUCUGGAUACUUUGAAUGCUGUUAUUUUAAGACUGCUGUGUGUGUGUGUGUGUGUGUGUGUGCGCGCGUGCACAGCACCGAGUAGCUUUUUAGUAGUUUGUUUUUAUUGGCUCUUUACACUGUCAAUCAAAUAAUAAAAGACUGUUUAGAAUUUAACAGAACCAAA